AUGUCUGACUCCCGCUCUUCCGUCCCCAUGAAUUGGCAGAAGCUGCUGGUGGUGGGAUCUCUUCUCAUCCUGGCCGGGGAAUCAGAACCCAGGGCUCCACAACAUCAGGAAACUACAGUUCACCCAAAGUCGUCAGCUCCAGCUGGAAACACCACGGUUACAAAUGAGACCACCUCCAAGCCUAUCCCCACAGAGUCGAUGAACCAGACAACAACCCGACAGACAGCAAACACAGGGGCCUUGAAGAACGUGACAUCUGCUCCAGCAAGGAAUAAAACCACCGCUCCCUUGCCAACAACCUCAGCGCAGUCCAGCCUCUCACCUAAACCAGCACCUGCUGCAACUGGGGUUUACAGUGUUAAGAACCGAACAGCAGAUUGCAUUAAAGCUUCCCUGGGAUUGACCCUCAUCAUUCAAAACAGCAAAACAAAGAAAGACGAGUAUCUAAACAUUGACCCAAACGCCACACAGACAUCAGGAAGCUGUGGGAUUUGGCAGUCAACUCUGAAUAUUACUUUCCAUGGUGGUUUCAUCCGCUUUACUUUUGCAAAGACUGCAGAUGUAUAUUAUGUCUAUGUGAUCGAAACUAGUUUAACGGUACCCUCUGAGGGCUCCCAGUACUAUGGAAUCGAAACUGUCCGGCUCUUUUCGACUCCGAUUGGCAGCUCUUUUAAAUGCUUCAGCAAGCAAACCAUAGAUGUGGACGUCAGCUUUCAGCUACUGGCCAUCAAUACCCAACUGCAAGCUUUUGAUAUUGUCGGGGACCAGUUUGGGAAAGAGGAAGAGUGUGCUCUGGACAGAAACAAGAGAAUCAUCCCAGCUACGGUCGGCCUCAGUUUGGCAGGAUUACUGGUCAUUGUCAUCACCACCUGCGCGAUUUACAACAGGAAGCCCAACAGAGGAUACGAACGCAUCUGAUUCGUCACGGCACUGAGGAAUGUACCC